AUGAAACCUGCAGUGGACGAGAUGUUUCCAGAGGGAGCGGGACCUUACGUAGAUUUGGACGAGGUACUUUUACAGAAAUAAAGAGAAAAUAUCACAAUAACUGAACAAAACACAAGAAAGCUGAAGUUAGCUUAGCACAGGACUAUGAGAAUAACGACGAACGAUCAUUUCUGUUCUAUUUUGGUUGGUUUUUGGUUUUAAAAGCUUUGAAAAUGGUAGUGCUCGAACCAUGUUAAUGAUUUAUCUUCUGUCUUUAAAUUUGUCUCUGUUUGUCGAGGUUUACUGCCUUUGGAUAUAGAUAGCGCUCUGUUUACCGUAAAACUUCGACAAUAAGGCCCUUUAACAACAGCUGCAGCUUUGAUUAGACGAUGUAAUCUUGUCGUUUUUUUAUAAGUUGAAACAUUGUGAGUCUGGGAUGCAUAAUUCAGUAGCUGCUUUAUAUCUGAUAUCUUUAACUACUGUACAGAAACUCAUUUAAAGGGAUAUUCCGGCGUAAAAUUAAGUUAGGGUCAAACACACCGUAACACCAAGUGAGACACCCCCAGUUGCCGACCUACUUCUCUAGUUAUACCAGCUUUAGUAACGACCGCAGGAUAGCAAAACACAGCGGUCUGAGGAGCCAUAAACAAACCUCAACCAAAACACCAUUCUAUAGACACAAAUAAUGCUCAGAACAGGACCUAACUUCAUCAACAGGACAUAUAGCGGGGUGACGCAACUCAAGGAAGAACAUUUAUGAUCAUUUCUUUAAGGAAACGCAAUCCGACCGAGACGCUAAGGCAGAAGAACUACCGCGUCUGCAGUGCAAAAUGAUUAAUACGGUGAUUAUUACUUCAAGGAAAUGAUAAAGAAAUGAUCAUAAAUGUUCUUCCUUGAGCUGCGUCACCCAGCAGCAGUCCGUAAUGGCCUGGCCGUGGGUGAGUUGUGUUUAGUCUCUUUGCUUAAGAAAUGAGGCAAAGUUAAAAGAUGUUUGGUGGUUAGUGCUAUGGCUAGGACCCUAUAUGUCCUGUUGAUGAAGUUAGGUGCUGUUCUGAGCAUUAUUUGUGGCUAUAGAGUGGUGUUUUGGUUGAGGUUUGUUUAUGGCUCCUCAGACCGCUGUGUAUUGCUAUCCUGCGGUCGUUACUAAAGUUGGUAUAACUAGAGAAAAAAGCGGUCUGCAACACUCAUCUCUCAACGGGGUGUCUGAUUCGGUGUUACGGUGUGUUUGACUUUAAAUUAAUUUUACGCCAGAAUAUCCCUUUAGGGUUUAAACAACCAAACUUUAGAAUAGAAGAGCAACUUCUCAGGGAACAGGAUAAGCAGAUUGUCCCAUUUCAGAACUGUGUGUUACAUAAUACAGGUAGUAAAAUACUAAAUUUUUUCUGAUCUUAACAUAUUGUUCUUCAUUUUAAAAAGGUACAUAGAAUACAAAUCUCCAUAAAGUUCUGAAAAACUGCAUUUUGUGAGUGAAGAGGUGUGAUCCUGCUUUGUUGACAGUUGCACUGUUGCAUGUUAACAGGCAGGGGGCAGCAGUGGUCUGCUGAUGGACCUGGCAGCCAAUGAAAAAGCAGUUCACUCUGAUUUCUUCAACGGUGAGCUUCACUUUUCUCCCUCUUUUAAUUUUUUUAAAGUUCACUUCAUUUGUAAAUGUCCCAUGUCUUUCUUUUGUUUGUAUCGUUUUCACUGUUUCUGGUAAAGUUCCUCAUCCAUCUGAGUUUGAUUUUGGACAUCUUUUAAAUUAAAUGGUUCAUGUUGAAUGUUAAAUUGAUCAACAAGAUAUCAGAUGUGCUUGACGCUUGUUUGGCACAGUGGUUAAGUGGUGCGCCUCAUGUACUGAGGCUGUAUUCUUUAAGUGGGCAUCCCAAGUUCACUCCCACCCUGCGGCCCUUUUCCUGCUCAUCACUCUUCCGUGGUGUCCUGUGGUCUCCUCUGUCUUACCCACUCUAAAUAAAGGCUGACCUUGGUAAUCCUUGGUGAUCUAAUUUAUCAAGUAGUGAACAACAAGGAUCUUAAAACUCCAAUCCUCAAUCUGCAGCCUGAAGGUUUGCAAAGUCAGAAAGAAAUUUAACAGAAAACUUUUUGUCUAAUAUUUUAUUCAGUUUAAUAUGAAUCACAUCUUGUGCUGCGUUGUCAGUUUGAGCAUCAAGUUUUAAUUUUCUGGACUUGUGUCAUGGCUGUAAUCAAAAUAACCCAUCCCUGGUACUAAUUUUUAACUGUAGACGUCCUACCUAGGAAAAAGAAAGUUCCCCUAACGCGCCACAAGUGCUGAUAGCUAUGACAGGUUUCUUGUAAAGCUGUGCUCUGGCUUUUUACCAUCAUUUUUCUAGCUGUUAAAUAGCCGUUAAAGUUACACGGACAGCCUUAGAAUUUGGUGAUACCUUUAACGGAUAAAGUGGACAACCUCAAAAUGUAUCAAAAUACAGAAACUGAGUUAAGAAACCAGAUCGUUGGUUUUGCUAAACUUUCUGCUCAUGUUAAACUGAAUAAUCAGGAAGCUGAAAAUAAAAUACAUCACUUAAUUUCCAGCAUUAAACUACCAGAAACCUAUCAACUUAAAUGCUCAAAAUAUAUUUGAGUGUUUUCACAGAAAAAUUAAAGGAUUUCAAAGAAAAACAAGAUUAAAUAUAAGCUGCAGAGAAGCUGGAGUUUUAGUGUAAGCACGUUAACAUGUUUCCUGCUUUACCCCAAAUGGUCUUGUUUCAAUUAACCCUCAGAAAUCCAGCCGUUCCCCUGUAAACAGCACUUAAUGUGUCUCUCUCACACAUAAACAUGCACACAGAGGACACACACAAAAAAGCACGAAGCUAAUCGGUUUUCCGUCUUGCAGCGUCGGCUGCAGGCAAAAACAAUUUUUGGCUCAGCAGCUCAUGACCUAGAAAAGAAAAAAGCUGAUUGUUAAAAAGGAGAGAAAGAAAGAGGAAAAGAAGAGAGGGGAGGAGAAUGGUAAAGGGAGUUUAUGGCAGCAGUCAGACUGAAACUCAGCGGGACGCCCCGCCAGUCAGCUGCUUUGAACACACAGACACACACACACACACACACACACCUGGGGCUGUGGAUCACCAAGGCUUUAAACAACAUGAAAACUGCCUCUCGGUGAAAUCUCAUGAAUGGAGGCUCCUAUCUCGUUGCACUAACAGGGAGUCCCCCUCAGGUCCCUUAAUGAGAAAAAUGAACCCACUUAAAUUUACUGAUGCUGUGUUUGAAUCAGAGAAAGUACACACUGUCAAACCCACACACAGGAGGACUUAACAUCUCUAUUAGUCAGAUUCCUGCUGCUGGAACUUACUCCAGGAUCAGGGAACCUUUUGAGAAACUUUCCAACCGUCUGUUCCUCCUCAAGGGUCCGACUGUAGUUCCUUGGAUCUGUCAUAUAUUAUCCCCCCACAAUCCUUUGCUUGGAAACCCUGGGCUGGGUGGGCUUACAGAGCUUCUCCCUGAUUGGUCAGGUAACUGCAGCCUUUUAAUUUCAGCCACCGUUUAUAAAAUCCCCAACUCCCCACUGCUCUGUUGCUUUAAUUUAUUUUAGUUAAUGGUUUAUUGACACAAAAGUGCAUUCACCUACAGAAGCUUAGAAUAUAUGUUAAUAAAAUGAAGUCAGGCCCUAAGGAGCAUUUGUACUGCUGAUUAAAUUCAACUGGAAAUAGGAAACAGCAACCACUGACCAUAAGGGUUUUGAUUAUAUAUUUGAUCAUAUAGCUGCAGGACACGAUGAUGUAAGGAAGUCUGCUCUCUGUCAGAGUUUAGCAGACGACAAAGUCUCGGUGGCGUCACCCAUUUGGUUUCUGCAGCGGUGUUGUGUUGUAGAUCUUGUAGUGACAAACUUUUCUCACAGGCUGUGGAUUUUGGAAGGGUUUUUGAGCCCAUGCAGUGAAUUCCAUUACAGAGCAGUGUUGUUUUCAUUGACGUUGAUCAUCAACGAAAACAACACUGAUGCACACACACACACACACACACACACACACACACACACACACACACACACACACACACACACACACACACACACACACACACACUCCUCUCCCUCCUGUUGUUCUUCCUUCAGGCUAAAUUCAGACUAAUUUCUCAGACGGUUAAAUAUUAAAUCUGACUGAAUUCUCUCGGAGCUCAUUUUUUUGUGUCUGCGAGAAUAUAUGUUUGGCGUUUCACUGACGAAAUGCUCAUGAAUCGUCUUCCACCACUAACAUUUUCAUCUAGUCUUGUCUCGUCAAUGUAAAUGCACAUUCGUCUCGUCACAUUGUAGUCAUCUAAGACUUAUGUUUGGCUCGUCAACGUCACACUUUCUUCGUGGAAAAAAGGGGCGUUGGCGAAAACAACACUGCUACAGAGUCAUGUCUGUGGACACAGCUUGUUGAGAAUGUCUGUUUUUAUGGACAUCCAGGAUUGGUUUUAGGUCUUGGUCUUUUUGAAAAGUGAUGUCUUUGUGUCUGUGCCCGACUUCCUUUCCAGCACGGGUUAAUCUGUGCUGAAUUUAUCCGGCAUGCUCCGGUGUCCGGAAAUUAACACAUUAACGUGAAUGGUUACGAUCAGCUGCGACCGGCGGAUACAGCCUUUUCGUAGCCGUUCCGGAUGUGAUGGAAAUGUGGGGUUACUGUGCAAUUGAUGCACAGCUUUCACCUUGGUAUAAACAAAACAGAGUCCAAAAAGAAAUCAGCUCCUGUACUGCACUGCUUAGACAAAUCUAGAAAAGAGCUUUUGAGACUGAAACGGUUUCAUAGACUAGAACAAAAGUAUGUGUUUUAUUUAUUUAUGUAUUUAUUUACCAGGAAAUAUUCCCAUAGCAACAUAAAACCUCCUUAUCAAGAGAGUCCUGGCCAAGUCAGCAGUAUGGAGGUGAAUUAAUGAUCAUCUUUUAGCAGUAAAAUGUGUGUAUUCACCGGUCAGAUGAUCCUUAAUCCUGGUUUUAAAGUCCUCCAGAUUCAUGAAAUGACCAAAUCUUAGGUGGCCUUGUAGCUCAGACCAGGACUUUAGAGCAAAAGCAUCAAAACUUCUUUAUUUUAGGGAAAGACUGAGGACAAAAAAGGCUCUCCUUUGCUUCUGAAGUGGACUUUUCUGCAUCUGCUUUGUUUCUCCAACACAAAAGAGUUGCUAUGUGAUGAAAACACAGUCAACAUCAAACUGCAGGAACCUCUAAGUCCUCUGAAGAUUGUUGCUGUGGCUGAACGAUUUCAUGAAAAGGUGGUUUUAUUUGUUGCGUAUGAUUACAACAAACCUCUCUGCUAAUUGGAAUCAGGAUUUGACACCUCAGGGUUCAGUCUUUUCUGAUGUGAUCUAGAUCUGAUCAGAGCGCUUUACCUCCUAAUGAGGGUCGAGGUGUCUCUCUGUCCUGACGCAGACAUGACAACAUGAUGUUUAGCCCUUUGUGAAAAGGUCAGCUCAACAGUUUGAAGAACUUUUUGGUGAAAAGAGUUGAGAUGGUUUAGGAAGGGCUUGUUUACAGUGUUAAAAAAGUUGCAGUGCGUUAUGGGUAGCCGUGGGGCAGGCUGUUUGACUGUCUGCCUGUCCCUUAUUAGGCUGAACACAGGAAUGUCCUGUUCCUGGAAACCACGCAGACAUGAAAGACAGAGUUCCCAAAGCCUGGUGAGCUGACACAGGUUCAGCCCGGGGACAUUUGAGCGCGUUAGCGCAAAUAUAAGAUUAAAGCCGACAUGAGUUGUUGCCUGUAAGUACAGCUGCAAAUCAAAUAAUGCUUGUUUACAACUCGAAAAGUCCUUGAGGAAUAUUUCUGAUUUCUUUAGUUUCUUUGUACGAUAAUAAACCGGUGGUGCUGUGGAAGAAAUGCUGCGCCAGACUUGCAUAAAAACAGUUGAAAAGGUCAGAGUGAGACUGAUAUUUGACUCAAAAUCACAGCUUUUGAGUAAAGGAUGCUGCUGCCUGUGUAAUAAUAAACAAAAAAUUGGUUGCAAGCCUUGAUCAGAGUACCAUACAUUUGGUGAAAAGACACACUUUGAAAGAAAAAGGCAUCUAAAAAUUGAGCUGCAUAAUAGUUUUAUUUUAUAUAACAGAAUAAAUUGCAGUGAGAGAUACUUUACUAUAACUAGACGACAGUGUUUGAUAAGCAAACUGCUGCUUUAAAGGGCAAAUCAUGUUGGAGACGGAUCAACAAAGACUCGUCCAGCAGCAGCACUUUUUACUGCUUUAUUCCCUCAUUUGGCUCGAACCGUGCAUUUCAAGAAAACAGUAGUCUGCUGUUCAAUGAAUCAACCUUGAGUAGCGCUGAAUUGAUUGAAAAGACUCUAAAAAGGAUAUUCCGGCGUAAAAUUAAGUUUGAGUCAAACACACCGUAACAUCGAGUUAGACACCCCCUCAAGAGAUGAAUGUUGCCGACCGCUUGCUUCUCUAGUUAUACCAACUUUAGUAACGACCGCAGGUAGCAAUACAGAGAGCCACGUGCUCAACCAAAACACCACUCUAUAGCCACAAAUAAUGCUCAGAACAGCACCUAACUUCAUCAACAGGACAUAUAGGGUCCUAGACACCAAACAUCUUUUUAACUUUGACUAAUUUCUUUAGCAAAGAGACUAAACACAACUCACCCACUCUCUUCCAGCAGCCGCUUGUUUGUAGCGAGACCUCCAGGCGAGUGUAUCGAAUACAGUGGGGUGACGCAGCUCAAGGAAGAACAUUUAUGAUCAUGUAAACUGGGACAAGAACAGUAGUCCAGUCUAAGGUACAGGUGGUGAUAACAGAGCUACACAUCCGCAUGGAAGGUCUACAUUGCUGAACGCAUGUCUUUGCGCAGGAACACAGUUUAUCAUUUCCACAAAAAGAGACAGCAUCUUGUUGAGAAGAAAAAAACAUGUUUUUCUUCUGUGUAUUUAAGUGCAGUUUGUUUUCUCUCUUAUUAUCUGAGCCUCUUACAGAGAUAACAAGCAAAACACAGAUACAGAAGGACAAAUGAGAGACAAAGAGGGUUCAUCUAAAGACCAUUGUUUAUUUUCCGUCCUUCUAUCAGGACUCCUCUUUUUUCUCGUUGUUUCAAGGAUUUCUUCAGGGGGAUUCUCAUUUGCUGAGACACAAAGAAAGACUGUUGUGGAUCUCUGCAGGUUCAUUAUGAUUUAAUAAUGAGGAGAGGCGCAGAGACAGGCCGGGGUAACUUUAUGAGUUUUUAGUACAGUUAUAUUUCUUUAUUUCAAACAUGCCUGCCUAUGACUUAAGCCUCGAUAGAAGUGUUCAAAAUUAUAUCACAACAGGUUAAGGUUUUAAAGAGGACCAUUUCUAACCCUUGUCUUCUUUUUCUCUUGUCUUCCUCCAGACUUUGAGGAUCUCUUCGAUGAUGACGACCUGCAGUGACGACAGCGUCUGAACACCUGCGCUCCACUGUGAAUGCGUAGAUAAGAAAAUGAAAGCGUGCUCAUCCUGACCACAGCUUCUGUUUUAUUUAUAUCCUGGACAUGCCCCUCACCUCUGCACUCAAAUAAAACUUUUUUUGCUUUUUGUACAAAAAGAAAAACUGCCUCUUGUCUUGGUGAACCAGGUGUCUGUGAAUUCUGAGGAUUCCUGCUUCAGAGAAAAUUAUGAGUAUGGUUUUGGCGCUGUCGUGUUUCAAUCUGCUCCCGGCUGGAUUGCAGGUUUGCAGGCUCUGCGAAACACCUGUUAGCGAACGUUAAUUACAUACGAGAUACAGUGUUAACAUGACCGCUGAAUCCUCGGCCGGAGCACGACGGGACGGGACAGGAAAAAGGGGGCUGCAAAAAUGUGGAAAUGCUGAAAAACUGAGCGCAUAAAGAAGCUCAUUCAGGUGUAGACUCAGGCUGUAAAAUCAUCGUCUGAACCCGAGGUGAAGGAUGAAACCACAACAGAAAAGGUUUAAAUUGACUUAAAAUCAUAGAGAACAUAUCUCUCUGCUGGUUUUAUAGAUAUUUUAAUUUAUAAUGGACACAUUUAAUUAAAUAUUCAUGCAUUAGUGAUAAGGAGAGGGCUGUUCAGAGCAGAGUACUGAACUCAGUCACCACAAGUAUGCAGACAGCCCAAACAUUUCAACUUCUUUUUUUUUAUUGUCCCCAUAAACUGUAAUUACGGUAUCAUGGGCAUUAAAUUGCCUCCAAAACAGCCUCUGCUGGUGAACACAAAAUAAAGUCACCCAGCUGCAGGGAUGGUAACCAAUCAGCUUUCAGAACAUCAGUGAAUUAUUCAUCUGUGUGAUUUCAACAGUAAGGGGCUUGAGUCUGUGUGGGCUGGUGAAGUUUUCAACCUUAAACUAGAGCAUGUGAUGAUGCUUUCCACCUAUACACACAAAAACAGGGGAAGGUUCCCAAAUAAUUGAAACUUUAUUCUCUUGACAACAGUACAAAGGCAAUAUAUCAAAUGUUGAAAGUCAAACUUUAUCAAACUUUUUGAUGUUAACUUUUUUAACUUUAAAACUAGCAGCACAAAAAAAGUAGUUUAAAAACUUGGUUAUAUUAAAUUAAAAAAAAAAGGAUCAUCAUCUGACCAGAAUAAUGUUCCUUAUCAUAAUGUUGAGAAGAAUUGGUGCAUUUUAUCAUCUUAAGUACAUAAUAUAGAUACUUACCUGGAUAACAUGUUAUCUAAAUAAUAUGACUAGUUUCUGGUUACUGUAAUAUGCCAUAAUACAAUCAUGAUCAUCAGCUAGUGUCUAACUAAUGUAACUAAUUACACAAACAAACAUCAGUUAGUAGAUUGUAAGAUAAAAAUAUUUAAUAUACUUAAUAACUAAUUUAAUCUAACUAUAAUAUUAUAUAACCUAUAACUAAUAUAAGUUACGAUAACAUAACUGAUACAUAUAGACUCAUAAUUUAGAUUCAUUGAAUUCAUCAGUUUUAAAAAUUACUAUAGUAUCCAUACCAUUUAAUUAUUUAUUUGUUUGUUUAUUUUCCCUUCCUUCUUACAAACAUCUUUAUCUGUCUAACUUUAAUUAAUUUUUCUGUCUUGAUUUCAUUUUACUUGACUUUUUUCUUUAUUCAUCUUUCAUGUUUUAAUAGUCACUAUUGCUUAAAUUUUCAGUGGGUCUGUUCUCCUGUGAAGCACACUGGGCUGCGUGUUUGUUGUCUAAAAGGUGCUGUAUAAAUAAAGUUGAGAGGAGAGUUUGAAAAAGUUUGGGCUGAUAACUAAAACUGGAACUUUAAACACUCAGGAAACAGGUAUGACUCUGUAGUGGAAGUCAGUGCAUGAGGAUAAAGUUUGUAGGAUGAAACUGCACCAUGUCGAGAGUAAACUGUAAAACAUAUUCAUUUUUUCAUGACAGUUUAAUCCAAUCGAGCAAAAUCCCUAAAGUAAAGUUGACUCAAACUUCAACUACCCUAAAAAAACAACUUUUAUUUACUUCUAAAUAUUAAAUGCUGCAGAACAAAACAUGAGAUUUAAAAACAAGUGUCCGGGGGCUUUCUUAUUGGCUCAUGUAUUAUGGGUAAGAGACCUUUUCUACAUAAUUAAAACAGCCUCAAUAUAAAAAAAAAACACUUUAAGGAUCCUCGAACGAUGAGAGGCAAAUCAAGGAAUAAACACUCUGCGCACAUGAACACGUACAACAAGAGCAGAUUAUGGUUAUUUUCCAAAGAUAGAGAAAUUUAAGGAUGAAAACUUACAGACAUGAUUUUAAAUUUGGUUAUUAAUCAACUGUAUUAGAUCAAUGAUUAUGAUCGGUCCAAGCCCCUUUACACAGGUGCAUAACAAAUCAAUCUGCAGGAAGAAGUAAAGAAGUCAAGCACAGUUCUGCCUGUUGACACUGUGGCAAAGACUCCUACUUAGAAAAUAAUCUCUUAAACUAAUAAAACCUGAUCAGAAGCUGACCUGGUCCUAGACCUCAUCAGACUCUUUAGUGUCAUAAAAGCUGAUCCACUCAGAUGUGCUGAUAUUGCAUCACACUCUGCAGAGACCCUCUAAUGUGUCUCACCAGGUCGGCAUGCCUGAACACAGUUAGAGUCAGGAGGAAACUGUAGAUUAACAAAUUCCUCAUGUGUAGACCAGCUGUCCUGUGUGUGUGUGUGUGUGUGUGUGUGUGUGUGUGUGUGUGUGUGUGUGUGUGUGUGUGUGUGUGUGUGUGUGUGUGUGUGUGUGUGUGUGUGUGUGUGUGUGUGUGUGUGUGUUCAGGUUUAGACACAGGCUGUGGUUUGGCCCUCAUUGAGGGUCUCUGAGAAGUGCUUAUGUGGCACCUCUGCUCCCCUUCAUUAGUCCAUGAUGUUUGCUUUCUUCUCUCACCUUUAAGUCUUUUGUUUUUGGUGUUUUGAAGGAUUACUACAUAGAAAAAAACAAGAUUAAGACUCUGAUUUCUGAUCUAAAAUGUGACAAAGAUUUAAUAAUCAAUCAUGACGUUUGUUUACUCUAAAAAUCAACUUCUCUCACCGUGUUUCCACGUCUCCAUCUUCGCUCCAAGCCCUCCCACCUUCUCUCCUUUCCUGUCUUUAAUUACAGAUCCUCCAAUUGGCUGAAACUUUCCGAAAGUUUUCCAACCAAUCAGGUGUCUCCCGGCGGUGGCCCUUGACCCCCUCAGGUGGUUCCCUGCAUGUGUUUCUGCUCUGUGCGUGUUAAUGAGUGCUUGUUGCGGGUGCGUGUUCGGUUUAAAACCCUCGCCCGGUCCCUCCGUCAGGGCAGUCUGUCAGAAGGGCCGCAGGGACAGGGGUGCAGCAGGGACCGCUAUCACUCCCACACCAACACACACACGCAGACACACACUUUGUGUUUGAGCCCAGGUGGACUGAGGCUCUAAACUCCAGUUGAGUCCACAUCUGGAUCAAGCUGACUAGAUAACCACAGGUAAGAAACCGCGCCUUGUUUACUUCAGGGAUUCAAGUUCAGGUUGGAGUCAAGUUUGAGCCUCAAAUGACACCUGGUUUUGUCUUUUUUAUGAUGCAGCAGGAGCCGUGUGGGGACAUGUUUGUUUAGUUUACUCUAAGCUGCAGGGUCACAGCCCUCCAGACCUAAGGUCGCACUGGUUUAGAGUCUUGGAUUUUAAAUGGCGUUAAAUCAGCGCCUCUUCAAUCGUAAUUAUCGUUACAGGCGAUAUAACAUCCUGUUCUGAGAUCUGCUUCUAAAUAUAGAGACAACAACUCAUUCAUCCAAGAGAAUUAGUUCGAUUCAAAGCGUCAUCAGCUUUACAGGUCAACAGGGAUGAAACAACAGCUGUAAGACUCUUAGGUGUGAAAAUGAUAGUGGGUACUUUGAUGACAGUGAAGCGUCAUUUCAGUGUCUUUUUUAUUUGCAGGAGAGAGGCGGAGGAGAAGUCAUGGCUGGAAGAAGGAAAACCAGUUUUUCUGGUGUGCUUGCGGCCACUCUGCUGGCUCUGGUGCUGCUGCCUGGUGAGUAGAGGAUCAGAAAAUACAUAUGCAUCUGCAAAAACCAGUACUAUGGAUUUAACAGUGAACUAUAAAAUGAGAAAUGCAAAUGUAAGUUUUGGAAAGAGUGAUGAAAUUCAAAAAAACAACACUAUGGGAAAUACUGUUCUUGAGUUGGAGCUAACUAAAGUGUUUUAUUUAUCUACUUUUGAGGUUUUUUUAUGGGGUUAUAUUUGAUAAGUAGCCAAAAUAAGUGAGAGGGGAUACUUGGUCAGGAACAGGACAGCUGGUUGGCUUCCUGAAAGAGUGCAGACAGAUGCAGAGGCGGAAAAACACCAAAAUAAAGAAAAACACAAACUCCAUGAUCAAAAUGUGACGUACAUUGAUGGCACUUUAGCUGUAGUCAGGUAAUAAAUCACUUUAAUGGGGUCUGUGCUAAAGAAAACCUCACUUUGUUGAGGUGAAGUGGUUUGGUCGUACGAACAAAUAAGCAUCGGUUGAUUCCCUUUGGUGCUCCAAAAUAAAAUCAUGAAAAACUGCAAAAAUAUCAUAAAUGAUGUACUCCUGUUGCUGUACUCCUUUUACAUUAGGCUCCUUAAAGAUAAAUCAAUUUGAUUUAAAGCUCCAGAGUAAAAACUUCAAGGUUUCAGGUUAAGGGUCAGUUAUCCUGCUCAGGAUCGCUGCCCUUCACUAGUUCAUGGUCCAAGAUCUCUUCAUCACUGAGCUUAUUACGCGUGAUCAUAACUCAUCUGUGCGGCGUUUAUAUCAUAAUGUGUCUCUAACGCAGCGUGUGGCGUUCAUAUAUCACCUCCAAAGCUUUAACAUAAAGACAAGCUGCUCCCCCGCCACCUGUUUCCACAUGAUUGACAUAUUUACAGCAGGGCUGAGCUCGCCUCCUCUUCUUCUCCUUCUUCUCCUUCUGCUUCUUUAAAGAUGGUUUUUAAAAACCGCACGUGUCUUUCAUCGUUCCUGCUCCUGUUAAAAAUUAGUACCUGUCAGCAUCACCUCCUCCUCUGCUCUCUUAAAGCUCUGCUGUUUCCAGAUGUGCCAGCCGCUUUUUUACAGGCUCAUAAAGAAGAAAACAGUACAGCGGAUACACUGAGACAGCAUCAUUUAGCCCACCCUCCUCUUCCUCCUCCUCAUCGCUCCAUCACCUCGGGUCACCUUCAACUUCCCCGUCUUUGAUUUUGUUUCUUCUUCUUCUGCGUCUUCAUGCUUGUUACCCGUCAUCUGUGACCUUCCACGCUACAGUGCGCAUCACAUCUUCCUGAUUACUUCAUCAAAGCUUUUCAAACCGCUUUUUUUUUUAAUCAGGAGAUUAGCGUUUUCUCACUUCCGUCAUGAGUCAUACAUCUCUGGAUCUCUCUUUUAAACUUGUUCACCUCUUCCUCUCCUCCUGUAAGGCAUUAACACCUUUUCCCUGUGGAGAUGAAAGCAACUGGGAGCAGAGCUGAAUCUGCUGUUCCUUCAGCUGCAUGGGGUCACACCGUGCGCACACGUACACGUAUGAGGCACACAAGUGCAAACACAGCUCUUUGAAAACGCAGCGUGGGGUUUGAUGUUACGGGCUCAACUAUAAAAUCUACAAAGAGCGGCAGUUUGCAGGCAGAGCCAAUUACCUCUGUCCUUUCUAAUGAAAAAUACCUGACUUAGGUUUGAGGUUGUGGAUUAUAAUUUUUCUUUCGCAUUCAUGUUGAAAUGAUUUUUUAAAAAAAAGUUUGAAUGGAGUUCACAUCUACUGCUGUUUUUCCUCUUCUUUUGUAGCAUUCUUGUCUGCUGGUCCAGUGAUGAAGAAACAGAAGAGAGAUGGUAAAUAUGUGAAUUUUAUAAUUAAAGGUCCCCACCAAACACCAGAAAUGCUUUGAGAUGCUUUUUUAUUUAUUCAUCUUUUUUUCAGGCUAAAUCAUAAAUCAGCCACAAAAGACAUUGAAAACUGGGCUUCAUUUAGAGGUCCGAUCCAGUCCAAAUUUAGCCCAAAAAGAGAGACGUUUAAAAACUGGGCUUCAUUUAGACAAUCCAAUUCGUUCCUAAUUUAGCCCUGAAAGAGACGUUGAAAACUGGGCUUCACUUAGAUGAUCUGAUUCAGUCUUUCUAAGCCCUAAAAGAGACAUUAACUGAGCUUCACAUAGACGAUCCAAUUCGGUCCAAAUUUAGCCCAAAAAGAGACGUUUAAAACUGGGCUUCAUUUAGACGGUCCGAUUCAGUCCUUUUAAGCCCAAAAAGAGACAUAAACUGAGCUACAUAUAGAUUUGAUUUAGUCCUAGUUUAGCCAAAAAAAAGACACUGAAAACUGGGCUUCAUUAAGAUGGUCCGAUCCGAUCGGGUUCUAAUUUAGCCCAAAAAGAGACGUUGAAAACUGGACUUCAUUUAGACGGUCCGAUUCGGUCUUAGUUUAGCCCAAAAGAGACGUUAAAGGCUGGGGUUCAAUUAGAUGCUUGAUCUAGUCCUAAUCUAUCCCAAAAAGAGACGUUGAAAAUUAGGCUUCAUAUAGACGGCCCAAUACGGUCCAAAUUAAGCUCAAAAAGAGAUAUUGAAAAAUGGGCUUCAUUUAGACGAUCUGAUUCAGUCGGAGUUUAGCCCAAAAAGAGACGUUGAAAACUGAGCUUUAUCUAGACUGUCCAAUCUGAUCCAGUCCUCAUUUAGCCCAAAAAGAGAUGUUCAAAACUGGGCUUUAUUGAGACGGUCCAAUCUGGUCCUAAUUUAAAAAGAGACGUUGAAAUCUGGGCUUUAUUUAGAUUAUCCUAAUCUCGACUUUCUUUAGACGUAUAGUGAAGAUGUCUUUUCUACGUCUUUUCAACCACUUUUACUGGGUGGGUAGCACCUAAGUUCAGCAUAUUACUACCUCUAUUUUACCGCGGUAAUACAUCACAGGGUUGACAAGUAACAACACGACUUAAUGGUGUCUUAGCUCCAAUAAACAAGACCUUGAAUAUGUAGUUAAAAACUUUAAAAGUCAUUAGAAAGUCCUUGAAUUUCAUGUCUGAAACCUCGGGGAUCAGCGCUGCCAUUCCUCUCUGUCUCUGUCCUCAGCAGGAGAAAGUAUUAAGGAGAAAGCGAUGGCCGCAGAGUUACAGAGGAGGCUGAUCCGCAACCGCAGGAACAUCAGCUGGUACAAACAACACUCUGAUUUCUGGAACUGGUACAAGUUCUUCACCGAAAACGGCAACCAGGAGGCAGUAAGUACUCACAGUUAAGACACAGUUUGAGUUUAUUAUAGAAUAUUAUUUUACCUAUGAGCAAAGGAAAUGCUAAAAAAAAUCAUAAGCACCAAGUACAAUCAAAAGUAACAAAAUAUGUUGUAAAAUCAAUUAAGAGAUUGACAUAAAACUAAUCCCAGAGUUUUUGGUCCAUGUGUCAUCAGGUUCAGGAGAUGGAUCGCAUCUACCUGGCCUACCUCCAGAACAAGAACCGCGCCGAAGGUCGUCGCUCCUACAAAGCUUACCUGCGCCAUCUGGGUGACAUCUACAAGUCUUGUGCUGAUUCCGACGACCCCAACUGUGUGGCUUCCUACACCUCCAGACCCAAACCAAAACCUGAGCCCCCCAAACCUGCACCUGUAAAAACCUGUGACCCUACCAAGGACCCCUACUGUCUGUAUGCUGCCUUAGUCCAGGGCAAGAGCCCAUACCUGCCCCUUGUUAUCCCAGUUGCCACCCCAGCCCCAGCACCAGUGAAGGCCCCUGCCCCUCUUUUUGCUAAGGCUGCUCCUCCAGCCAAGGAACCCCAGUCCGGGUACUACUACUACGCUCCAUCUGCAACGCCUUUCCUGUCAAAGGUAAGCUCUCGGACAGAGUUUGAUCAGACCAUAGUUUACCAAAGAGUGUAGUCUUAGUUCAUGACAAACUGAAUUGCAAUUCGACCACAAUCAUAUCACACGAUCCUGCAGUUUGGUUUCAGUGAAGUUUCAGCAGAAACACAAAUCCUCAUUUUUUUCUUCACACAUCAGGAGCAGAAGGCUGAGCUGCUUCGUAUCUGCUCUGCUGAUGAUGUGGAGUGUCUGCAGUACCACCUGAGAGCCGCCCACGGUUAUGCACCCUCCGCUGGACCUGUGCCUUCCUACGCUCACCUUGGCUGUGACCCAAGCAAAGACCCCAAAUGCAAACCCAAAAUGGUGCAGAAAGCCCCAUCCGGUCUCUACCUGCAGUACCCCAAAUGUGAUCCACGGGAUGUCUUCUGUGCCUACGCUGCCUCUCUUGUGGUAUGCUUUUUCUUUCAGUAUCAAAAACUACUGUAUCAAAGGGAUAUUAUAACAUUAAUUUAGGGUCAAACACACCAUAACACCGAGUUAGACACCCCCACAGAGAUGAAUGUUGCUGACCGCUUGCUUCUCUAGUUAUACGAACUUUAGUAACAAAUGCACGAUAGCAAUACACAGCUUAGGUGCUGUUCUGUGGCUAUAGAGUGGCGUUUUGGUUGAGGUUUGUUUAUGGCUCCUCAGACCACUGUGUAUCGCUUUCCUGCGGUCGUUACUAAAGUUCGUAUAACUAUAGAAGCAAGCUGUCGGCAACAUUGAUCUCUUAAGGGGGUGUCUGACUCUUUCAUCCAUGCCUUAGUAACAAUGACUUAUGAUGUUUCUUUCAGGCUCCUCGUGCUCCAAAUCCCCCUGCCCCCGCUGGUCCUGGAUCCUGCAACCCUCUCUUUGAGGAAGGUUGUAACCCUCUUACUGCCACCAGAUUUGCUUCUCCACCUGAGUCUUACAAAUCCGAGCAAAAAGAAGAGGCUGCUGCCAUCCGUGCUCCCCCUCCUGCUGCUGAGCAGAACUAUGACCCCUAUGCUAUGUUUAGGGAUGCUUAUGCUAAUGCUAACAGGGCGCGUGAUCCCUAUGCUAUGUACCGUCAGCCUAGCGCUCCUGCUCCCGCCCCUGCAAAUGACCCAUAUGCACUCCUGCGCCAGUUUAUGGCCCAAGCUCAAGGAAGUGACCCGUACGCUCCCCGAAUGGAGGCUGCUCCAGAGUCCAACCCAAAUGAUCCCUUCUCUGCGAUCCGUGAGGCGGCAGCUGCCAUGCAUCGCCGUGGUCCUCCCACACCCAGGCAACAGCACCCUUAUUCCAACCCCAGUUAUGAGGAGCCCAAACAAGAGGAGCGCCACCCCUUGGGCCCCCCAGGUAAAACCAAGGAGGGCUACGACUGCUUCAUCGGCUAUGAUCGGGAGUGCUUCCCCGUGAAGCCCACCAAUCCUCGCUCUGGGGUUCACCGUCAAAUCCCAUACUCUGCUGAAGCCUAUGAGCCCCACCUGAAUGCUGAUGGAACCAGAAAUGGCGUCCUGGAGCCUGACAACCCUCACUGCGACCCUGAGCACGACCCUGACUGCCGCCUGCGCCGCGCUGACCAUGAGCAGACCCAGCCUGAGCAUUACCCUGAGGAGGAUCAUCACCAGGGGGCAGCAGAGAGCGAGCAGCAUCAUGAGCAGCAGGAACAGGACCCAUACGAGGCCGAGCCCUUCCAGAGCGGUCAGGAGGAGCCGCCUCACAUGCCCUACCAGCCACUCUCACAGGGUAUGCCCAGCCUGCAGGACAUACUCAGACGCUACGGAGACCAGUUCCCUGAGCAGGAUGAUCACAGGGCCUACGCAGAUGACUAUCGCAAGAAAUAG